AUGGUCCGGUGGAAAAUCGACUUGAUGAUGAUGCCACUCCUACUCGGAACAUAUACUCUGAAUUUUCUCGACAAGGGCAUUCUUUCCAAUGCAUCAGUGUUUGGACUUAAACAGGACACGCAUCUGGUUGGCCAGCAAUACAGCUGGGUUGCUAGCAUUUUCUAUUUUGGCUACAUGUUAGGACAGCCGGUCAACGCAUACUUGCUUCACAAAGUGCCCAUGGGAAAAUGGCUGGCUGGCAACGUAUUCGGAUGGGGAGUGUGUAUUCUACUCGCCAUCACUGCCAAAAACUUUGCAGGUCUCGCCACUACUCGCUUUUUCCUCGGGCUUUUCGAAUCUGUCAAUAACCCAGCAUUUGUGCUCAUCACUGCCCAAUAUUACACGCGCAAGGAACACUCUCUUCGAUCGUGCAUAUGGUGGGCAGGCAACGCGGUUGGAUCUUUCUUUGGAGAUCUAAUCGCGUAUGGCAUCGGGCAUGGCCACGGGCCGCUCUCGCCGUGGAAGUACAUGUUCAUUACAUUUGGAGGCGUUACAAUCCUCUGGUCUGCAGUUCUGAUGCUGUUUCUGCCCGAUUCACCAUGGAAGAUGAGAUUUUUGAAUGAGCGAGAAAAGAAGAUUGCAGUGCUACGUGUCAUGUCUAAUCAUACUGGAAUCAGCGCCUCGCACUGGAAAUGGAACCAAGCAUGUUCCGUUCUCGCGGAUCCUCAAGCAUGGAUAUUCUUUUGUAUUGCAUUUAUCCAAUGCUUACCAAGCGGUGGUCUGACUGCUUUCAACAAACUUAUCCUAACAGGUCUUGGGUAUACCAAUCUCGAAGCCACGAUAUACUCUAUGCCGGAACAUGCCAUCCAGCUAUUCGGUGUCAUAGUUGCGGGCAUUGCCGGUUCCUAUCUGAAAAACUUCAGGUGCAUCAUUAUUGUGCUAUCCAACAUCCCUCCCUUGGUUGGUAGCUUGAUCGUGUAUUAUGUGCCGGCAUCCGAUAAAUUGACGCGCUUGGCCGGCGUCUACAUUCUCUUUACAAACACGAUCAGCUAUAUCAUGGUACUGAGUCUUGUGGCUUCCAACUUUGCUGGAAUGUCGCGCAAAACCACCGUUUCUGCUGGAAUAUUUCUUUCAUAUUCUGCAGGGAAUCUGGUCGCUCCACAUCUCUUCAUCGACUCGGAGGCACCCCUAUAUCCCACGGGAUUUAGAGGGAUGAUUGCUUCUUUUGUAACAAUUAUUGUCCUAGCCUUUGCUCUCAUGGGAUAUCUGAUUGUACAGAACAGGAGACGUGACAAGGUGUACGGCAAAGUUGAUCCAAAUGCCGUACAAGAGGAUGAUUUCAUGGAUUUGACGGACAAGGAGUUGCACUAUUUCCGGUAUGCCUGGUGA